CUUCUUUCUUUCUGUUUGUGUUGUUCUUUGUGUUGUUGAGAGGAAAGAUGUCAUCGAUCAAGAGCAAGAGUAAUACUAUCAAACGUAGUAACAGCAACAGUAGUAACAGUAUUCGAUACAAGGAUGAAGUACUGGGAGAACACGUCGUGGUCCAAUGGCAAGUGGGCAAUACACUGAAACGCAAGCCCAUUUUGGGACAGAUCUUUGCCCUCAAAAUCACAUUGCCACGAGCGGCCGAUGGAGAAAUUCAAGAUACAGAAGUGCCGACGGUAUUGCAUUCCAUUCAGUUUACCGAUGGAGAUGUCGUCGAUAUGGAUCUCCAAGCUUUGGAACGAUUGAAUCUACUCACGUGGGUCAAUUUUGGGAAAGAACCGGGAGCCGCCAUGAAGAUGAAAAAGAAAAAAAUUGUCGCCUUGUCGCAAGUACAACAACAACAUGUGCAUGUACAACAACCUCCCAAGAAGAAAGUGGGCGCUACUGGUACUACUGCGAGUGGCACACGCAACAGUGCCAACAGUACGGCGAGACAAGCCGCACUGUCCGCUGCGACCAAAAAGACCACGCGAGUACAGCAAGCCAAGGCGCCCUCGUUAAAACCAUUGCCGCACAAGAAAAGGACAACAGCAACAUCAACAGCAACAGCAACAGCAACAGCUACGGCAACAAUACCACCACCGCCGCUUCCUGGCAGAACCGCCAAACCCAAGAAAAAGUCUCCUCCACCAACAAGAGCAGCAGCAGCCACUGCCAACCAGGAGGUGGGAAAGGAGUCUGCUGCUGAAAGAGCCCGUCGAAGACUCAAACGAGCCCAGUUGAAAGAACAAUCGGGAUUAUACGCAAAAUACGAAAAACGAACUACUACUACCACCAGCAGUAGUAGUCGAAGCAGUCGCAGACGACAGCAACAUAGCAGUGACGAAGACAAUGGACCCGAUUCGGACGAUGAAGAAGAAGAACCCGUCAAGAAAAAACAAAGGGUGGUCGUACCAACCAUAAGGAGACAGCAGCAAGCCAGCAACAACCUCAGAAGCAGUCAAAGACGACAGAAAGAACAACAAGAAUCGUCGUCCAGUGAAGAUGAGAAUGACAGGAACAAAAAGCAAUCACCGAGGGAAGCGACCACCUCGACAAGGGCGGCGCAACAUUCUCCCAAUUCGACGUUUGCCAGGCACAACAAUAAUACAUGUAGUGAGACGAGUCCCAACCGACGUCGCGCCGCACGGCCCAAACUGCCGCCACCCAGCAAGGAUGUGGAAAUCAUCGAGCUUUCAUCCUCGGAUGAAGACGACGAUGACGAUGAUGAGCAACAGAGACCAACUACUGUCGCAACCACCGCACCGGAUCCCGUGGCAUCGGUCGCUGCGGCCCAAAAUGCGCAAGCAGCAGCAGCACAAAUGACACCAACUACUACUAGUAGUGCGCAACCAAGACCACAGGGAGAAACACGCAAGCCUCCGCUGGCAACGGCAACCCCACAAAGGAUUACCAACCCCUACAGAGCUAACCCAUACAGAACAGCAGCAAGUCCACGUACCGGUGAAAUAACAACAGCGACUACCCCAACACCGCUGCCAACUAAUAAUGGAAACAGGAACGGCUCGUCUCAACAAGCGACUGCCAAACCACCUGCAGUCGUACCCAUAAAGGCAGAAGAACCAGCCACAGAGUUGGAUACCAACAAAGCGUCGGAUACAAGUCAAAAACUACUGGCGGAAAAACAGCAGACAACAACAACAAGUACUGCAAGUCCACAGACAACACGUACGGAGGAUCGUACACCACAACCAACACUUGGGCGCAAGCAAACGCAACAGGAGCAACCUACAGUACAAAAGAAAAAAGCACCACUGAUGCAGCAACAGGCAACGCCCAUUAUUGCACAGCAACAAAAGCCAAAUGAGCAGUCAACAACACAGCUACCAACACCAACUGAAGAGCCAGCACAACAGCAGCAGCCAACUGAAGAAAAGUCAAAGGAAAAGCAACCAUUUGCAGUCGUGCAGCCCCCAGGAAAUCAAAGUGUACAGGCCACACCAGGACGAGAUCAUCAAAGGCAACAACAGGAACAACCUGCAUCACAAAAGAAAAAAGCACCACCGAUGCAAGUGUCCACACCAAAUACACAAAAUGAACAGCCAACACCGGUGCGAGCGCAAGCGCAAGCGCAGACACAAACUCAACGUCCAGUGCAACAACUACUGGUGGAGAAACCAAGGGAAAAGCAAACUCAAGGAAGCACACGGGUAGCAUUUGAUGUCGUACAGCCCGCACGGAAGCAGCAAUGCGCAAAGGCUGCACAAGAGCCAAGGCAGCAGUCUGCUGACCCCACGCCACAAGGGCAAAACCAGCAAGCAACUCAAAAGUCAGCAGCAACGACCAGUAUUCAGCCUGCACAGAUGCCAAACGAAAAGCAAAAGGAAGUGUCAGCCCAACAGCAAAAGUCAACCCAACAACAACCCAUAUUGAAGAAGAGUCCACAGCCUGCGCAAGUGCCACAUCAACCACCACAGAUUGCACAGUCGCCGUCACCGAUGCCGGGCGAAAAGGAAAAGGAACUGUCAACCCAACAGCAAGAGCCAAUCCAACCCACAUUGACGAAAAGUCCACAGCCUGCGCAAGCGCCACAUCAACCACCACAGAUUGAACAGUCGCCGGCACCGACGCCAAUCGCAAUGCAAAAGGAACUGUCCACCCAACAGCAAAAGUCAACCCAACGACAACCCACAUUGAAGAAAAGUCCACAGCCUGCGCAAUCGCCGCAUCAACCAACACAGAUUUCACAGUCAACUCAACGGCCAACACCAGAGCAAAAUGCAGAGGCGAUUCAGGAGCCAAGGAAGGACCCAGUAAUUCAGCAAUCAAGCCAAAAGAAAAGCCAACCGUCAAGACAAGAGCAACCUGAACAAGCAGGUCACCAGCCAAAUCAGCAAUCGGCUCAAAGUGGACAGCAAAAUCAGCAGCCAGGUACGAUGGCACCGGAAACCGCCAAUGACAAUGAUACUCGUGCACGCAUUGAUGCAGAAACAUCUCGCAGUUCUGCUGCACAGCAGGCAACAAGUCAAAGACCCCAACCUACAACCGGCCAAAAGGAAACGGGUACCACACCACCCUUGACAAAUGCCAGCGCCAACGCUGAACAGACUACUACUGCCGACGCACAAGGACAGGAACAGGUACCAAAUCAGCACUCGACUAGCGAUGAUACUGACGACGGCCAAGACGCAACUACUAGUCAACAAGGGAAGCAACAACCAACAAACUCUGUCCCAUGCACUGCAGCCGCCGGCAUUCCCGAUGAUUCUUUGUCAGUGGACACAACUAGCACGGAAGAGGAUGCGCCGAUUACUCAAGUGCCCCAGCAAGGACAAGACGUCAUUGCGAAUCUGCCGGCUCUUUCAUCAACCCUAUUCAGGGCCUCCCGCCAAGAAAGAGGAGCGAGAGAUGAUAAUUCAACGUCCUCCAGUACUACUUUUGCAACGGUCGAAAACUACCAGGCACCGGAAGACACGUUUGGCGCGCCACCGCAAGACGAGUUGAAACAACCGGCAGAACAACAACUCUUCAUUCCGGACCCACCAGAACAGUCAGCUGUAGUUCCAAUGAACCUACAGCUUGUCCAGUGUUUACGUGGCAAUGCUAUGACGCAAAACUUGCCUCGUGGCUGUGUUGACUUUCACGACUUCUUGACUACUGUCAAAUAUGGGCAAACCGAUGAGGAAUUCGAAGAAACCAAGCUGUUCGCGUCCAUAGUCGAAAGGCAAGCCAAGAAGCUGUUUGAGGGUGGUGGCAUUGAAUACUCUGGGUGGAACAAGGAAGCUGUAUUUUAUAAAGGGAAGAAGGUGAAUCUUUCAUUCAACUUUCAUCAAAUGUACCAGGAAGCCAUGGUGUUUCAAAAGUUGAACGGUCGAAUCGGUCAAUCACACCAAGGCAAAUUCGUGGACAAUCACUGGAUUCUGAAGAAUCCGAUUCUGAAACUACAGGAUUACAAAAAGUAUUUGAUGGACCAGAUGAAAAAGGGAGAGCUCACUCCAGCGCCAACCUCUAGCUAGAUCUAUAUUCGCCCCCCUAUAAUGUUUCAAAACUACAUGGCCUGCUGGUGUAU